AUGGCUGCCGACUCCGAUGCUGGUGCCCAGCAGCCCAACGGCACCCCGACCGAAACCCGCUCUGUCGCCGACGAGCCCACGACACCCCAGGACAACGACAUUCUCGCAUUGAACUCGUCGCAAGUGACGCUGCCCUCCACUGAGGUCCCCGCCUCCCCCAUCGACCCUAGUCAAUCCGUCAAAACAGAGGCCAACGACGACCGGCUGAGCUCCUCCGCCGUCAUUGCCUCGUCCUUGACACCGCCUCCUUCCUCGCAAGUUGCUGCCCACGCGGGCAACGGUGCUUUUCAGGCUGCGUACGGCGCUUCGCAACGCUCCGCCCUCUUCUCGCCUCCCGCGACCGGUCUCAACACGACCGUCCGACGCGAUGGCGGCCUCGGCACAGAUUACCUCCCCCCAGCGCCCCAGCAGGUCCUCGAAGCGACGGCCGACGAACUACGAGCCAUGAUGCAGGCGAGCAUCGCCGAGCACGCCAAGCUGAAGAUGGAGGCCGCGCACCACAAGCUGCAGUACAAUCUGCUCAGCCUCCAGGCCGACGAGGACGCAAAGAGGGCGGCGGUGGAGCACGAGAUGACCCGGCGGGAGAUUGAGGCCCUCAGGACAGCCGAAUACUCGCGCCACGCCGUCCGCGAGCUCAGCGCCGCCUCGGAAUCCGCCCAGAUGAAGUACCUCCAGAUGAAGAUGUGGUACGAGGAGGCCAUGGACGAGAACGACGCCCUCACCCGGCGCGUCAAGAUGGCCAAGAAGGUCAUUUCACAAAAGGAGGAGGAGAUUAUUGGACUGACGGAGGAGCGCGACAUGCUCCUUAACCGCAUCCGUGAGAAUCGGGAGCACUUCCACAUGCUGUGUAGCCCGGGCGGCAUCUUCCACGGAGCCAUGACGCCCAAGCAGCAUACCAUCUCAACGCCGCAGCAGGCUCACCGAGCCACCCCCAAGCAGACGCCUCGGUCGGCCAACCGCGAGGCCAGGGUGGACCGCGACCACGGGCCGGAGCCUAUUGCGGCUCUGCUGCAGGCUCUCAGCCAGGACAACAACAGCGCGCCCACGACGCCCACGACGGCGGUCAGACCUGCGCCCCGCAUGCCGGCAAAGCACACCCGAAACGCCCAGUCUCUGUCUUCCCUGCCGACGACGCCACUCUCGCGUGCACAGCGCCACGAGCAGCAGUCCGGGCUUCUGCCGUCAGUGAAUCUGGUGCCCCAGAGCGAGCCUCGGCACAGGUACUCCAACGCUCAAGUGCUGCCCGGCACGCCGCCGCCCGCCAUCCAGGAACGUGUUCAGGAGCGCGCCCGCAAGAGCCGUGAGAGCACCAUCUCGGCCGACGACAAUGAGGAGCUUGCCCGUCAGGCCCUUGAGUCGGUCGCCAAGUCCGCCUCAUUUUUGUCUCAGGCGUCGCGUGCAUCGCGAAACGGCCGUCGCCCUCUGCCCAACGGCGGCAACGAGGACGAGGAGGAAGUCUACGAGAGCCAGGCCAGCCAGGCGGCUUCGGAGAUGCUGCGCCGUGACCCCCGCGAAAGCUUUGAGGUCGCCAGCUCCGUCGGCUCGCGCGACGGUACGCCGGCGCCGGCGGAGAAGAGUGCCAGGCUGCAGGCGAAGCUCUUCUCUGGCAUCACCAAGAGCGGCGCGGACAAGCGCAAGUUUAGCAAUGGUCACGGUCCCGGGCAAGAAGCGCGGUCGGAUAUGGUGAGCCCGACCAAGAAGAUGCGCGUCGGCGGUCCCAUCGGCGAUAACCCGAAGGUCGGACUGGGCAUCCAGUACGGUUACAGUUAG